AUGGUCCAAUGGGACCAGUCGGACUCUUUGGAUUCACGGUAUUCAUCGAAUAUCAUCGAACAUCUCGAAAAUAAGAAAGACGGAUCCGCGUGUCUCUUCAUAUUCUUCGAUCAUUCGCAAAAGAACAUUCAAACACCUUACAACGUCACUGCCAAUCUGCUGAAGCAACUGGUCCAGCAGCGAUCUGGCCUCUCAGAGCAAGUACGGAGAAUGUAUAGCGACUUCAGGCAUCUCAACACACCGCCCAGUACCCCUGAACUCCUGAAAAAUAUCAACCAGGAGAUCAAGCGUUUCGCAAGAGUGCGACUUGUUGUUGAUGGACUGGAUGAGUGCCCUGCUCACGUGUCCAAUAACUCUAGGGCAGCUUUCCUCAACAUGAUCCGCAGCUUAACACCUGACACCAGUCUUUUGUUCACUGCGAGAGCUUCUAACUACGAGGAACAUAAUUUGGGGGACGUCAUCGAAUUGAGAUAUGCACCAACGGACCAAGACCUGCACCGGUAUUUGCGGGUCCAAUUACAAAAUCAUUGCGCCUUCAAUGAGAUUCUUGCAAGAGCGGAUCAUGAUCAACUGGUCGAGGCCACUGCCUCACAUGCCAAGGGCAUGAUACUACUUGCGCGCCUACAUGUGAACUCUAUUGCAGCACAACACACCCAGGCAGAUCUCCAAUUAGCUCUCACGACUUUGCCGGGUGAUACCAAGCACACGUACGAGAAAGCGAUGCAGAGGAUAUCAACGGGCGACAAACCACUUGCGGAGCUGGUGUUGAUGUGGAUUACCUUCGCUAUGUGUCCACUGACCAUGGAGGAGCUACGAUCAGCAUUAGCGGUCAACGAGAACGUCACAAGUAUUGAGACAGCCGCGGACUACAUGUAUAGCGAGAAGCGUCUCUUAGACGUAUGCGAGGGUUUAGUUGUUGCGGACCUUCGGAUCAAACCGAUCAAUGUGCGUUUAAUCCACCCGACAGCGCGAGCCUUCUUUGAGGUCUACUUCGACAACGAGCAAGCUCACAAAUCUCUGGCAAUGACCUGUCUUCGAUAUCUACAAUUUGAAGACUUGAGGACUAAAAUUUGUGACAGAACAGGAAUGCUUGCACGUCUUCGAGACCUACCAUUACUUCGAUAUGCUGCUUUGAAUUGGGGUCAUCACGCUCAUCGAACACAGGACAAGGAAGUGGUCGAUAUGUCCGUCGCAUUGUUGAACAAUAAAGCAAGCUUAGUGUCGGUGGCGCAAGUCAUGGAUCUGUCGAGUGACGACUCGGUAUCGGGUUUAUACAUUGCUGCUCACUUCGGCUUACGGAGCGCUGCUGAUCAACUGCUCUUGAAAGAUCCUAAGGCCGUCGAAGAGGAGAUGCACGGAGAGACACCUUUGCACGCGGCUUCACGUGAGGGCCAUAUCACUAUCUUGGGAACAUUGCUCAGUGGGCGAUUGGAUCCAGAUGAACGUAGUGAUGACGGCCGCACGCCAGUGUCUCUAGCAGCAGAGAACGGGCAUUUCGAAGCUGUUCGAUUCUUCAUCGGCUCCUAUGGGGUAGAUCCGAAUUCCAAAAGCAGGACUCCUUUUUACAAAGGACGGACACCACUGUCCUGGGCGUCCGGUAACGGUCAUUAUGCCGUGGUUGAGUAUUUGCUGGCUCAAGACAACACGCAGGUGGAUACUUCGAUCUCAGAUGGACCUUUCAUGGGCCGCACAGCGCUCAUGAUGGCAGCACGCGAUGGUCAUGAGAAGGUGGUGGAACUUCUCCUCGGGAAGGGACAAGCAACAGCGGGCAUAGUUGACGGCGAUGGUAUGACUGCGCUCGCACUCGCCGCUCAGCAGGGUCAUGGUAAAAUGGUUGAGCUUCUUCUGGAUGCCGACCAUGCUGCCGCUCACAAGAGGGAUAUCGUCUACAAUCGGAGACCGGUUGAUUGGGCAUCAAGCAGCAACCACGAGGCAGCUGUCAGAUUGCUGCUCAUGUAUCCUAGUCUCGACUCGAAAGACGACGAGGAACGUACGAUGAUGUCAUGGGAAUCGCAAUACGGUAACCUUGAUCUCGUCCAACGACUUCUCAAGUUAGGCGCAGAUCUAAACUCAAGAGACGAAGAGGAAUGGACGCCUUUGACGUACGCUUCGAAGUUUGGGCAUACGCAAAUUGUUGAACUUCUGCUUCAAUCAAACGCGCACGUAGAUGCUCAAUCCGUUGACCGACGUUCUGGACUAUCAUUUGCAUCGGAGAUGAAUCAUCACGACACUGUUAGAUCACUAUUGACGGGCGGGGCGAAGCCGGACGAGCCGGACAAAUUUGGUCGUACACCUCUUUCGUAUGCUGCCGGCAGCGGCAGCAUCGCUAUCGUGGAAACACUUCUUCGAUACGGGGUGGACGUCAAUCUUAAGCCAACCGCCGAUAAUGUGGGCAAAUGCCAAUGGGCACAAAGAAGUAAUUAA